CAGCAGACCCGACAGACUGCUUGCUCCUGGACAAAAGCUCCUCGCUCGGUGGCUUCAACCUAGCAACCUCAACCAUGCUUUCCAGGCUGGUGCGCUUCGUGCCCCUCGCCGGCCUGCUCCUUCUCGCCCUCUUCACCGUCCACUACCUGUACCGCGCUACCGGCGAGGAAUCCCAGCAGGACUGGGAGAUAGAAGCAAGCCCCAACGCCCUGUCCGACCUCGCCAUCUCCGACGCCAUCGCCCAUACCCACCACGAGGUCGACUCCGCCUCCACCCCGGACCACGGCUACUUCCGCAUCGACUUCCACUCCCGCAUCGCCAUCAACCCCAGCAUCAUCCCCCACCCCACCAAGCCCGACACCUGGAUUAUCACCGCCCAACUACACUACAACCGCACCUCCCCACGCGAAGACUCCGUCUGGUAUGCCGAGCUCGUCUGCGACGCCGUCUUCCAAGACCAUGACCAUAACCAUGGUCGCACCCUUCGCUGCAUCGACCCGCCAUUCAUCCUGCCCAUCGCGGCGACCGACGGCGAGAGCGCCCACUGCACCGACGCCCUCGCCUACUUCGCCCUGAGCAUCGGGCCUCACGACGCCCGCGUCUUCUACGGCCCGGAAGCCCCCUACGCCAUCUACGGCUCCAACUCAGCAGUGACCUGCUUCGGGCAAUGGGUUCUCGACUUCCGGGUCCUCGUCGACUGGCCCGCCACGGACGUGGUCAUGGACCGGGGCUUCCGUCGCGCGACCGAACUCCAACGCCCAUUUCUCACCUCCUACUUCCCCGUCGAAAAGAACUGGUUCAUCUUCUGGGACAUCGACGGCGCACCGUACGCCCACUACGACAUCGCGCCCACACGCGCCUUCGCCCAGCUCUCCCCCGACGGGACCGUUGGCCCUGACCUCGCCCCCGCCGCCGCGUCCACAGACACCGAAUGUCUCCGCCGUUACCUCCCAGCCCUCACCCACCCGGACCAUGAGUCCAUCCACCAAGCCACAAACUCCCUCGCUCUCACCCUGUGCGACCGGGCAGAUCCCCUCUGCCACCCCAAUGACACCAACACCCUCAUCCUCACCAUCUUCCAGUACAAGAGCUUCGUCUCCUUCCACAGCGUGUACGAGCCUUAUGUCAUGCUCUUCCGACAGCGCGCUCCGUUCGAGGUCUACGGGAUCUCCUCCAAGCCGCUGUGGAUUCACGGGCGGGGUAUGUCGGAGAGUGAUGCCGAUCAGGGCAGACAGACGGAGAUGCUGUAUGUUACCUCGAUUAGUUGGAAGACUGCGGGCCAGAAGUAUCAUGGGUUUUUGGAUGAUGUCCUGUUUUUGGCAUUUGGGAGGGAGGAUAGCGACACAGCUGGGAUGGAUUUGCUAGCGGGGGAUUUGUUGGGUGGGUUGGGGGUUUGUGAUGAUAUGUAGAGGUUGGAUGUUAGAUGUUGUUAUGAUCACCAUCGGGGUAUUG